AUGUUUUAUAUCCUCGUUCAGGUCCUCCUGGCCACCCUGGUGAACCUGGUUCACCGGGAAGAGAAUGUGACUCUGCAAAGACCGGACCCACUGGAGAUUCAGGAUAUGAAGGCCCUCAAGGACGAGCAGGUGACAGAGGUGUCAUGGGUCCCAGGGGUCCUCAAGGAUUCAAAGGCCCAGUCGGUGACCCUGGCCAAAAUGGUUGCAAAGGAGAUAGAGGCAUACCUGGAGACAAGGGUGAGUGCUGCUGUAACCAAGUAUUGCACCGAAGGCAUCAAAGGUCUGCCUGGUGAUUCUGUAGUACGGCCCCCAACACUCGGCACCCUUGGAUCCAAGGGGCCACCUGGUAGCCCGGGACCAGUAGGUUAUCCUGGCAAUUUGGGUCCUCCAGGAACUCCAGGACCUAAAGGUGAAAAGGGUCCUUCGGGACCAAGAGGCACCCCAGGGAGGCCAGGUUCUCCGGGUCGCGAUGGUCAUGUUGGAGACCCAGGAGAUGCUGGUCAAAGAGGAUUUGUUGGACCUCAAGGUUCCCCAGGUCUGCCCGGUGAGCCAGGUGAGGCAGGUGGACGGCCGGUAGUGAACGCGGGCUUCCUGUUGGUCAUCCACAGCCAGUCGGUGGACGUGCCAGAGUGUCCCAAAGAGUCCACCAGGCUCUGGGUGGGCUAUAGUUUGGUCUACCUGGAGGGGCAGGAGAAGGCUCACACACAGGACCUGGGUCAAGCUGGCUCCUGCCUGCCCGUUUUCUCCACAAUGCCUUUCUCCUACUGCAACACAGGAGCGUGUCACUACUCCAGCCGCAAUGACAAGUCCUACUGGCUCUCCACCACGGCACCGAUACCCAUGAUGCCCUUCUCAGGGCAGGAGAUUAUUUCCCACGUCAGCCGUUGUGUGGUGUGUGAGACAUUGUCGCCCGCGGUGGCCGUUCACAGCCAACACUACACAGCUCCGCAAUGUCCGCCAGGCUGGAGGAGCCUCUGGACAGGGUACUCCUUCCUCAUGCACACGGGGGCAGGCGACGAGGGGGGAGGCCAGUCUCUGACCUCCUCGGGAAGCUGCCUCAGAGAUUUCCGAACUCACCCCUUCAUAGAAUGCCAGGGUGCACGGGGGACCUGCCAGUACUUUGCCAACCUUUAUAGUUUCUGGUUAACGACUGUGAACCAGCCGGAGCAGUUCCUCACCCCGCAGCCCGGCACCAUCAAAGCGGCGGAGCAACAGCGGCAGAGGGCCAGCCGCUGUCACGUUUGCACGAGACAACGCUAA